CAGUAAUACGCCCGGUAGCGUCUACACUGCAGGAAAGAAAUAAUAAGAAGAAGAAGAGUAUACAGAACUUUUAUUUUGAUCUGACGAUGUGACGUUUUAAGGCUGCGCCGCGCUGGGAUUCGGCUGAAGAAAGAAAAAACUCCAGAUGAAGCAACUGGGAUCCAUGUGACAUACCAUUAUCAAGAUGGCAUUUAUUAAAGAGGAGAGUAAAGACAUGAGAAUUGAAGAAACAUUCAGAGUGAAACAAGAAGAUACUGAGGAACAAACAGUUUCUCUUUUUACUCUAGACCCAAUGCAGCUGAAAGAGGAGAGUGAAGUACUGAGUGAAAUGGAAGUGAAAGAACAGAAUGAGAAACAUCAUGAUUUCAUAACUGGAGAAAAAUUGUUUAGUUGCCCACAGACGGAAAAGAUUUCCUCACAACAAAGAACUCAAAAUACAGGAAUUCGAAAUGAUUUCUCCUGCUUUCAGUGUGGAAAGAUUUUCAGUCAACAUGGAAACCUUAAGACCCACAUGAGAACUCACACUGGAGAGAAGCCUUACACCUGCCAACAGUGUGGAAAGAAUUUCACUCAAAAAGGAAACCUGAAGACUCACAUGAGAACUCACACUGAAGCCAGCUCGUUCAUAUGUCAUCAGUGUGGAAAACAUUUUAACAAAAAAGCAAACCUUCAAGUCCACAUGAGAGUUCACUCUGAAAAGACCUUUUUCAUUUGCCCUCAGUGUGGAAAACAUUUUAACAGAAUGGGAAACCUUAAUUCCCACAUGAGAAUUCAUACUGGAGAAAAGCCUUACUCAUGUCCUCAAUGUGGAAUAAGCUUCACUCAAAUAGGAAACCUUAACAGGCAUAUGAGUAUUCACACUGGAGAGAACCCUUUCAACUGUAAACUAUGUGGAAAAUAUUUUGUUCGAAAAGGAAGCCUUAAAAGCCACAUGAGAAUUCAUACUGGAGAGAAGCCUUACACCUGCAAACAAUGUGGAAAGAGUUUUACACAUAAACCAGCUCUUAAUGCCCACGUGAGAAUUCACACCGGAGAGAAGCCUUACUCCUGCAAAGAAUGUGGAAAGAGUUUCAAUCAAAAACAAAACCUUAGAGUUCACAUGAGAAUUCACAAUGGAGAAGUCCCUUUUCCCUGCCAACAGUGUGGACAGUGUUUCACUCAAAAAGGAAACCUUAAAAGACACAUGAAAAUUCACACUGUAGAGAAGCCUUUCACAUGUGAACUGUGUGGAAAGAGCUUCACCGUAGAAAUAAACCUUAGGUAUCACAUGAACAUUCACACUGGAGAGAAGCCAUUCACAUGUGAUCUUUGUGGAAAGUGUUUCAGAUAUAAUGUAACCCUUAAUUCUCACAUGAGGAUUCACUCAAGAGAGGACUGUUUUAUAUGUAAUCAGUGUGGAAUGACUUUCCCAGACAUGACACACUUCAAUAAGCACACAGUAAUUCACUCUGGAGGGAAACUUUUCAAAUCUCACCAGUGUGGAAAGAAUUUUCGAAUAAAUAAAAACUUUAAGACUCACAUGAGAGUUCACACUGGACAGAGCCUUUACAGCGGCAAACUGUGUGGAAAGAGCUUCUCACAAAAAAGAAAACUUCAGUCUUACAUAAGUGUCCACUCUGGAGGAGGGCCAUUUAAUUGUUAUCAGUGUAAUAAAAACUUUAUUUUGGCAUCACACUUACAGAUACACCUGAAAAGUCAUGCAGAUGUGAGACCCUAUUCUUGUUCUUUGUGUAGAAAGCGUUUCAAAUGGCUCGGCAAUUUAAAAUGGCACCAGAAAAUACGAAUCUGUGUAAAAUUAAGACUGCGUUCAUAUCGCAGCUGAAUGUGGGUGUGGGCCAAAUCUGAACAUUUCAUUUAUGCGCACAGAUUAUUUUAUUAAGUUCUGAGCUAUAAAUGAUUAAAGUGAGAAUUAAUUUGCACUCAUUAAAGUCCCCCUGUAGACAAAAUUUUUUAUCCUCUAAAACUCAUCUUUUAUCAUAAAAAUUACAUAUUUAAAUUAUUUCAAUGGCACCUAGAAAUAUUGUUUUAUCUAAGCCAUGUUUGAACCAGGAACUGAAUUAGAAGAAGAAGAGGAAAAGAGAAUUAUACAGGGUCGUUUACAAGUCAAUGUAUCAGAAUGGUAAUUCAUUUUAUCACUCUGUCAGACACCUAAUGUAGUUUUUAUAAUUAGCCCUUGGCUUCACUAUGUUAUCAAACAGCUAAUAAUUACUUACUUGACAUUGUUGUGUCAUCAAUAUGUCACUAAGACUGGAAUGCAGUCAAGUUUGUGAUUCCAAUUUGAGCCUACGAGCAUAUGCGUGUGAAGUGUGGACGCCAAUGCGGGAGAGGUGGGCCUAACUCCGGGCUACUGCAACCGAAAAAUGCAAAUUUAGAGAAUUCAAUGAUGCCAAGGCUAUGUCCAAUCAAAACAAGAACCAAACAUAACAUACAAAAUGCAUUAAAUGACAGAAAAUGCCUUAUUUGCUAUUUUCUUUUCUUUUUUUGAUAAUAUUUCUGUGCUGUUACAUGUUUCCUUUCCAAAAAAGGAACAACUGUCACCCAAUUUCCCCUCAGGGAUUAAUAAAGUGUUGAUAAAUUCA